AUGGAAAAAGAAAUCAAAGACAAGGCAAUUGCUGUGACCGGAGGAGCCCAGGGUAUUGGAUACCAGAUAGCUCAUCAUUUUCUGAAACAUGGUGCAGCCAAAGUAAUCGUUUUAGACAUUCUUGAAAAUAGUGGUAUUGAAGCCGUGAAGACACUCAACGAAGAACACGGGCCGGAGAAAGCUGUAUUCUUUAAGUGUGACGUAACUCGUGAUCUAGAAACCGUUUCCAGUGAAAUACUUUCGAAGUAUAAGAUUGACGUUUUUGUUAACAAUGCGGGAGUUUUGGAUGAGACAUCACUACGGAAAACUAUGGAAAUCAAUGUUAUAGCUGUGGUAGAAUGGGGUAUGAAGUUUUGGAAUUAUAUGAGAAAGAACAAUGGUGGUUUUGGUGGAACAAUUAUUAACAUUGCUUCAAUCUAUGGAUAUGUUAGCGAUCCUUGGUUUGUUUAUUACAAAACUUCAAAACACGCAGUCAUGGGUUUUACUAAAACCCUAGGUCAUUCUUACAAUUAUGAAAAAACUGGAGUGCGAGUGUUUGCUGUUUGUCCAGGAUUUACUGAUACUAAACUUUUGGAGAAAAAAGAACUAUUUGAAGACACAGAAGAAGUAACAAAAUUUUUAGAAACGCGAUACCUUCAAAAAGUGGAGACUGUUGGCCAAGCUGUAGUUGACAUGUUCAAGGUAGCUAAUAGUGGUACUGCCUGGGUAACACAAAAUGAAGAACCCAUCGCAGAAAUAUCAUAUUAA